AUGUCUACCACAAUACCAGAAAUCGCAGUUACCCAUGACGACGAAAACGAGAUAGAAAACGAUAACGAAAAUAACUACCUCAAUUUGCAAGAAGCAUUGACAGACGUAGAAGAUUUAUACGAAGAAGGUGACGAUUUAUUUGUUGCCAAACCGAAACAAAGAAAAUCUAAACUAAAAAUUAAGUUGGUACAAGAUGAGGCUUUAACUGAUCUAGAAGAUUUUGAGGCUUCAGAUGAAGAAGACGAUAGAAGCAAGAAUAUCAUCAUGCAUUCUAAACCAAUAACCAUCGAAGAUCUUGACUUGGAGGGAGGUAUCUUUGAGGAAUCUUAUAAAACACAUGUAAGAACCCCUAAGGGUGUUAAAAAAUUAAAAACUCAGUGUUCCACUACGCAAAGGAAGAUGGACGAUACUGAAGUAGAAUAUAAGAUUUAUGACAAUUAUACAGACGAAGAGAUAUUUGACACAGAAAAUGAAGUUGCAAUAGACAGUGUUCCAGAAACCAACAAUACAAAUAGAAAAGAAACAAAACGUCUGUCAGUCUCCCCAAAUAAUAAUCCUUCUGACACCAACGACUCUGAACACUCUUAUCACAGUGGUCAAUUUUUGAAUGCCCUGUCAGUUUCACCCAACUUGUCAGACUUGACCGAUAUAGAAGUAUUGCAUUCUGACUCAGAUGACGAAAAAUCGUUUAAGAAAACGAAACCACGAAGAAGAAGAUAUAAGGGAUCUAGAAGACACUCCGUAACUGACGUAGAAGACUUAGAUAUCUCAGACACUGACGACAGAUUUAAAAAUUACAUUUCACAUCCUAAAAGAAAGGUCAAUUCAUUCAAAGUUAUCACGAAAAGCCAUUCUUUAGCGUAUGACUCUGACAAUGAAGAUAAUGCUCAUCUACCUUUUCCAAUAUGUAAAAAAAUAGCAGAGAAGAAACCGAGUAUUUUGAAUAUUCCAGAGUUUGAUACUAACUUUCCAACAGAUAUAGAAGAUUUCGAAGAUGUAAUAGAAACACCAGCUACACCCAAUUUUGAAGGUCACGAAAAAGCGUUUGAAAAGAAAUUAGAAGAAAUGGCUGAGUGUUAUAGCAAAAUCAACGAAUCGCAUAGCGCUCUCAAAUGUAAAAAUAUCAUCAGGGCUUUGUCUUCAAAAAGUAAUGAUAAUGAUGGAGAUAAUAAUACUGAUAGUGAUGUGUAUCAAUCUGAACACGGCGACUCAGAAAAAGAGGAUCAUGACGAAAAGAUUACUUAUGAUAUUAGAUUUGUAGGUGCACCAUCUACAAUAAUAAAGAACAAGAAAACUAGUCUAUUGGUACCGAUCUUAAACGAAGAACCACUUACUGACUGUGAAAAUGUCAAUAGUUCUGACGAAGAAACAUCUAAAAUUAUACCUAUUGCUCUGGCUAAAGAACUGCAGAUACAUACCGAUGAAGAAGAGUUUGAGGACGAUUUGGAUGAACUAAACAAUAUACCUGAAAUAGUUCUCCCUCCUCCUAUUAGAAACUUGGUUAUUCUGAAAGAAAAUGGAACACUACCAACGGUUCAGAUUCUACCACUAGUAGACUAUACUCCAAUACAGUCGCCUCAAGAACAGUCUAUGAUUGCAGACACAGACGAAGAAAGUGUUUCUGAAGCAGAAGAAGCUAUGGAAAUACCAAUGUCGCUGUCCGUGUCGGAUUUUACUUGCUUACCAGACUGUGGUGUUAUAAAAGAAACUGAGAAUCAACAAAAGAUAAAAGUGAAAAAAACGCUUUAUGUUCCAUGUAAUGAUGAUAUGGACGAAUUGACGGAUACAGAAGAGAUAGUUCUGAAUACGCAAAAGAGGCGUAGAGCGCCCAAAUUUAAACACAUGCACGAACGAUUCUUAGCUGAGAAAAAUAAACUGUCUGUCAAAACACCUGAGCCCAAAGCUUUGACUGAUACAGAAGAUGUAUUUUUGAGUGACUAUAAUUCUGGAGACUUUCAUAGUUUGUCUCCUUUAUUAAAUUUACCAGUCACAGAAGGUCUUACAGAUAUCGAAAAUCUAGCUGACAGUUCAGAUGAAGAACCUAACUUUAGAGCAAUGUCAUGUACUCCCCAACAACUAAGAGAGUUGGGAGGAGAAGUCAUAAUGUCUAUGGAAGGUUCUGGUCCGUUUUCCAUUGAAGACCGUCUACAAAUAAACAAGCCAGUUAAAGUUAUCUCACAGGUGGCAAUGAGCCCUGUACCAACAGAUACAGAAGAUGUAGCUACGUCAGCAGACGAAGACGUAUUAGCUUAUUCUAGAGCAGACACUUGUACCCCUAACCAAAUUCAUUUAGACUUGAAGCAAGAAAGUUCCACGAAAGUUUUAGAUGGAACUAACAAAAAGAUGGCGUCUGAAGGAUGCAUGUAUCUUAAAGGAGGUGGCUACAUUGAUCUGACAGAUUCAGAGUAUAUGUCUGCUGAGGAGGGAUACUUUAACGAUCUGAUGAGAGGUAUUAAGAAAGACUCUGGUUGUAUUUCGUUGAAUUUGAGGGAUGGGUCAGUGGCGUUCGGACAUCAGCCAGGAUGGGAAGCCUCACGACAGUCGCUUAACUUGGAGCCAACACCUCCAACACUAAUCAAGGACGCAGCACAGCAAGAUAUGCCUCUACCUGGCACCCAGUUCGUAACAUACGAAAGCGUGCUUAUGCCAAACAGCAGUGUGUCUUCUCCUUCUAUUCCACUGAACCAACAACCUCUCCUACACAGAACCACCUCAUACACACAAAUUGACGCAAUGCUUGAAAACAUGUUGUUCGAAGUUCAAAAGCAGGAAAAACUGUUUGGAUUAGACUUAGACGUAGUGGAACCAGACCAAGCGUGUCUUAACACACUAGAGUUAUUACCAAGCACCGAUGCUCUAAUAGAAGUUCCAAUUAAGAAGGUCAUUCGAAGACCAAAAGUCUACGAAACAACUCAAGAAAUUAUUGUAAACCAAGAUGAAUCUCCUUAUGACCUGAUUUCAUUUAGUGGACAUCCAAGGGUAGAUCCCAUUCAUGAGUAUGACGAUGUGGUCGUUAAAGAAAACUUCAGCAAUCUCGACGAGAUUUCAAAAAACAUCAACGACCUUGUAAUUUCUGUAGAAGACGACGAAACUAAGCUCUUAACAAAUCAUCCAGAGGAUGAGUAUUUAGAGAAACCGUACACGUACAAAAUAGACUUCCAACGAGCUAACACUGCCUCCAGUGAGUCACUAAGUGAUCACUACCCCGAUAGCUGGAAUGAUCCAACUGAACACAAAGAAACUUUAAUUGACGAUGAUUAUGAACUUGUGGAAUCAAAACCACCAGUUCAAGCAAUGCAACUGCGUGACAAUAGGACAGGAAACGAAAUAUGGUGGGAAGGAACGUAUCGCAACUUGAGUAUAGUUCCCGAAGAAGACGAAGAAAACCAAAGUUUAUUAGGCAGUUAUUACUCAAAUAAAUCAUACUCAACCAAAGCAUAUUCUCCACUAAUCGAAACAACAAUCAUCGAGAGAACACCAGGUCUGAGCAGUUCUCUUAAGGAGUCAUCCAUUGACGUCGAUGAUUCCAGUGAUGGAAGCUCUUCUGUGACGUCAAGUAGUUCUGAUGAAGGUACUUAUGAAGUCACGAAUAAACUAGUAAAAGCAGAAGUAAAACUAAUGGUAAAAACCUUGGAUAGUGGUAAGGAGGCUAUUGAAAUUAGGUCAGUAAGGGAAUUCAUGGACAAUCCAGCCAAAACAGACGAAGAUUCGUAUGAAACAAGUACACUUCUUAAAAAAAAGAGUCAGACGUUACCAAGUAGACUUGGUGAAAAGUUAACAAACAUUACACAGAAGUUUAGCGGAAUGUUGGACAAAAAGAAGUCGACAUCUUACUGUCCUAUAGUUGAGCCGCAUACAGAACAAAUUGGACAAGAAGAAUCUCCGAAACCUUCAUUUGUUCUACAAAAUUUAUUCGUUAUGAAUUUGGAUCAAGAUAGUAAGUCAAAUCUUUUGGCUUCUAAAGAGCUGUCUAAAAGUAAAACCGAGCUCCUUGCUACUUCGAACCAGCGCUUUCCUUUGGAAUAUGAUCCAAAUACACCUCCAAGUGCAGAAGAUGACCAUGAUGCAGUGGAUCUUUUUGCGAAUAUCCCGUUUUAUCCCUGUUAUGAGAAAUAUUCUCCUAACGAUAAAUCUCAAGCUUCCGUUUCUACUGAAUUUAUUUCAAAUCCUUUCAUUGACAAUUCCAAUAUUCCUGAAGCAUACUGCGACUGGCUACAUGAAAAAGUGGAUGACCUCAGAGGAAAUCGUACCGAAGAAAAACCAUUAAGCCAUAGCCUUAUUGGUUUUACUACCGACCGACCAUUCGCUAACAAAAAAGCAGUUUACGAUUUAACUAAUGCUCUAAUUCAGUCUGAGUCACGCGCAGAACCCUAUCAUACUCACACAGAGAAACAUUACAAACUCGACUUGGAAAAACCCCUCACCGACGAUGAGUCUGCCCCUCAGAAAGAUCAUAAAAAACAAAAAAGGGGAAUUUUCGGUACUAUCAAGAGUUUUGUCGGUAAAUCGAUCGAAUCAGAUUCCGACUCUGAAAAGUCAUCACCCAAAAAAGAAAAGAAGAAGAAGGAUAAAAAGAAACCACGCGAUCUUCCUCCCGAACUUCCUCCUAAGUCAGCACCUACAAAGCCAAAACUGCCAACACCGCCAUUAGAUCCAAAAUAUGAAGAUAUUCCGUUCUUCGAAGCAUCUCCAACUGAUAGAUCCGAGCACAAAAUCGAAAUUACAAAAACCUACAACGUCCCAGUAACCGAUUUGGACGACCUAGAGGCUGGAGUACCACCCAACAUAACCCAUAAAGCCAGAGAAAUAGUACAAGCCGUACUAUCCGAUGGAGAGCAAACGGCUCGAGAUAGACGUUCCAAAUCUCCAAAGAAGCAAAAAACAGUUAUUAUCGAAGAAAAAGUUACGAAAACAUUCGCUCCAUUAACGAUCGAAGAAGAAGAAUUUACGAUAACUAUAGAUCCUACCAAAAAGGAUUCACCAAAGAAAACGAGGGAAAUAUUUACCCUAAAUAUUGACGAAAGCGAAGCACAAAUCGAGAAGGAGAUUCUAGAAAAGUCUCCAAUUUUGCCUGAAGAGAGUCUUAUCAAACCAAUUGUACACAUACAGCAACCUAUCAGACCAAUCCGAAGCCAUGUCUAUGAAGACAUCCUAGAACCUCAAGUUUGCUUAUAUCCUGAUCAAAGACUAGAUCCUCAUCAUAUUAAAAAAGCCACCCAUGACCUAAUCCAAAACGAAAUCAGUUUUACUGGAUGGGCAGAUGAUAAGCACAACAUAUUUAAACCUUUAACCAUACAACCAGACGACGCAGAAGUAAAAGAAUCAGAAGGCAACUUAACAGAUAGUCUAAAAAUGAAACGUAAACAUGGAAAACUGUUUGGUUUGUUCGGAAAAACUUCCAAAGACAUCGAUGAUUCUGAAGACGAAAGCAGCCGCAAAGAAGUUAUCGAAAAACAAGAUAAAGAAACCUCGAAAGAAGUUUUAGCUGAAUCUGACAAGCCAAAAGAUUUGCCCAAAUCUCCUAAAAUAAAGAAAAGUAAAAGUAAAGACAAAGAAGAUAAAAAAUUCUUGGGAAUAUUUAAAAUUAGUAAACAAGACACUCAGAAACCAACAUUUUCGGAAAUUGCAAUCAAAAAUAUGAUAGAUUCUACAGCUUUUUUGAAAGAAGAAGUCGAUAAAUACCACGAUGUACGACCAAUUAAAGUAACAUCGGAAGAGAAAACAACUCAAAUUAAACCCAGCGUUACCUCAGUAACAACUAUAAUUAAAACCCAGACACCCUUAAGUCCAAAACAUGAAGCUGAGCUACAGUCAACAGUGGUUAAACAAACACCUCAAGAAAUUUCAGAUGUAUCAAAAGAAGAACAUAAAUCUGGUUUCUUUGAUGUUUUCAAAAAGAAAGAUGAUGCUGAAAAACAUAAACCAGAAACAGUUUUAUCUGCUGAUACUAUAAGAGACAUGAAUGACUGCGAAAUAUUCCUAAAAGACGAAAUACAUCGAUAUCAUGAUGUAAAACCGAUCAUAAAGCAAAAAAGAGAAAAUAGCCCUACUAAGAUAAUUACGAUGGUGGAAGAAACUAAAAAAGUAACCAAAAAGGUCGAGACCACUGUUGAGACUAGUGCUGGUGCAUUCACAGUUGGUAAGGAAACUACCUCCGUCAUGCAAAAAGAGCCACAGGAGCAGCUUGUUACAGAAAAAACAGUUACAAAAGAAAUAAAAUCCCCAGAAAAAUCCAAACAGACCGAUGAAGAAGAACAUAAAAAAGGUUUGUUUGGAGGUAUGUUUAAAAAGAAAGACAAAUCGCCAAGGGUUGAUUCUAAAAUCAAGUCUCCUGGAAAAAUUAUUUUAUCUGAUGUAACGAUUAAAAACAUGGAGAAUAGCAAUAAUUUCUUAAAAGAUGAAAUUGAGAUGUAUCAUGAUGUGCGCCCAAUAAUUGAGUACACAGAAGAAAUGAAACCAAUUUCACAAGAAGUAUCUAAAACUAUAUCUGAUCAUCAAGAACAACCUUCAACUAAAAAAAUAAAAGAUAAAAAAGAGAAAGAUUCCAGUUUCUUUGGAGUAUUCAAGAAGAAAGAAUCUGUAGAAAAAGAAGUAACACCAGUUGUAAAAACUACUGUAGAAAUAAAACCAGUUCUUUCUCCUGAAAUCGUUGAAAAAAUGGACGACAGCCACAAAUUUUUAAAAGAUGAAAUUCAGUGGUAUCAUGAUGUUCGUCCUAUUAGUACUCAUAUUAGUACUCCAUUGGUCAUGAAACAAGAAACCGAUCACCAAAAACAACCUUCAACUAAAAAAAUAAAAGAUAAAAAAGAAAAAGAUUCUAGUUUCUUUGGAGUAUUCAAGAAGAAAGAAUCUGUAGAAAAAGAAGUAACACCAGUUGUAACAACUACUGUAGAGAUAAAACCAGUUCUUUCUCCUGAAACCGUUGAAAAAAUGGACGACAGCCACAAAUUUUUAAAAGAUGAAAUUCAGUGGUAUCAUGAUGUUCGUCCUAUUAGUACUUCAUUGGCCAAAGAAGAAAAAAUUGUUGUUCAUGAAACUAUGGUCAGCGAUGAUAAAGUGUCGCCCAAGAAAGCAAAAGUUAAAGAAGCUAAAGAAUCUUCUGGUGUGUUCGGAAUAUUUAAACGAAAAGGACAGUCAGUGGAAAGAAAAACUGACGAUGUCCAAGAAAAAUUUGAUCUAUCAGAAUCUACCGUUAAAGACAUGGCAGAUAGUAAUACCUUCUUGAAAGAUGAAGUAGAAAAAUAUCAUGAUGUACAUACUAUUAAAGAAACUACUGCUGUUAAGGUACCCGUUCAAACUACUGAUAUCAAAAAACCAGAACACAUUCCGAGAAAAUCUAAAAGUAAAAAGGAACCCGUUGGUCCAAUAUUUGGAGUGGACAAAAUAAAGGAAUCCACAGAAACGGAUCAAAUAACUAUUCAGAAACCAAGACCCAUUUUGUCAACAGAUGUUGUUAAAAAUAUGGUUGAAACAGACACAUUUUUAAAAGACGAAAUUUAUCAUUAUCACGACGUUAAACUACUUAAAACACAUGACACAACGACAGUGUCACCAACCAAAACAAAAGAUGAAACAGUGAAAUCCCCAAAGAAGGAGAAAGCCAAGUCACCGCAAAAGUCAAAACAAAAAUCAGAAAAAGAAGGUGGAAGUCUCUUUGGAAUAUUUAAAAAGAAAGAAGGAUCUCUUGAAAGAGAAAGUAAACUUGAACCUGUUGACAAAAGUGGAAAACCAAUUUUAUCUGAGACUGUUGUUAAAGAUAUGAAAGAUAGUGACACAUUCUUGAAAGAUGAAGUAGAUAGAUAUCAUGAUGUGAGACAUAUUACCACGACAACUGCUGAACCACAAGUGGUUCAAAUAGAAACCACUACAGUGCAACAGACAACCGAAAAGUCACCAAAGAAAUCAAAACAAAAAUCAGAAAAAGAAGGUGGAAGUCUCUUUGGAAUAUUUAAAAAGAAAGAAGGAUCUCUUGAAAGAGAAAGUAAACUUGAACCUGUUGACAAAAGUGGAAAACCAAUUUUAUCUGAGACUGUUGUUAAAGAUAUGAAAGAUAGUGACACAUUCUUGAAAGAUGAAGUAGAUAGAUAUCAUGAUGUGAGACAUAUUAUCACGACAACUGCUGAACCACAAGUGGUUCAAAUAGAAACCACUACAGUGCAACAGACAACCGAUAAGUCACCAAAGAAAUCAAAACAAAAACCAGAAAAGGAAGGCGGAAGUCUCUUUGGAAUAUUUAAAAAGAAAGAGGGAUCUCUUGAAAGAGAAAGUAAACUUAAACCUGUUGACAAAAGUGGAAAACCAAUUUUAUCUGAGACUGUUGUUAAAGAUAUGAAAGAUAGUGACACAUUCUUGAAAGGUGAAGUAGAUAGAUAUCAUGAUGUGAGACAUAUUAUUACGACAACUGCUGAACCACAAGUGGUUCAAAUAAAAACCACUACAGUGCAACGGACAACCGAAAUGUCACCAAAGAAAUCAAAACAAAAAUCAGAAAAAGAAGGCGGAAGUCUCUUUGGAAUAUUUAAAAAGAAAGAGGGAUCUCUUGAAAGAGAAAGUAAACUUGAACCUGUUGACGAAAGUGGAAAACCAAUUUUAUCUGAGACUGUUGUUAAAGAUAUGAAAGAUAGUGACACAUUCUUGAAAGAUGAAGUAGAGAGAUAUCAUGAUGUGAGACAUAUUAUCACAACUGCUGAACCACAAGUGGUUCAAAUAGAAACCACUACAGUGCAACAGACAACCGAUAAGUCACCAAAGAAAUCAAAACAAAAAUCAGAAAAGGAAGGUGGAAGUCUCUUUGGAAUAUUUAAAAAGAAAGACGGAUCUCUUGAAAGAGAAACUAAACUUGAACCUGUUGACAAAAGUGGAAAACCAAUUUUAUCUGAGACUGUUGUUAAAGAUAUGAGAGAUAGUGACACAUUCUUGAAAGAUGAAGUAGAUAGAUAUCAUGAUGUGAGACUUAUUAUCACGACAACUGCUGAACCACAAGUUGUUCAAAUAGAAACCACUACAGUGCAACAGACAACCGAUAAGUCACCAAAGAAAUCAAAAAAAAAAUCAGAAAAGGAAGGUGGAAGUCUCUUUGGAAUAUUUAAAAAGAAAGACGGAUCUCUUGAAAGAGAAAGUAAACUUAAACCUGUUGACAAAAGUGGAAAACCAAUUUUAUCUGAGACUGUUGUUAAAGAUAUGAAAGAUAGUGACACAUUCUUGAAAGAUGAAGUAGAUAGAUAUCAUGAUGUGAGACAUAUUAUCACGACAACUGCUGAACCACAAGUGGUUCAAAUAGAAACCACUACAGUGCAACAGACAACCGAAAAGUCACCAAAGAAAUCAAAACAAAAAUCAGAAAAAGAAGGUGGAAGUCUCUUUGGAAUAUUUAAAAAGAAAGAGGGAUCUCUUGAAAGAGAAAGUAAACUUGAACCUGUUGACAAAAGUGGAAAACCAAUUUUAUCUGAGACUGUUGUUAAAGAUAUGAAAGAUAGUGACACAUUCUUGAAAGAUGAAGUAGAUAGAUAUCAUGAUGUGAGAGAUAUUAUCACGACAACUGCUGAACCACAAGUGGUUCAAAUAGAAACCACUACAGUGCAACAGACAACCGAAAAGUCACCAAAGAAAUCAAAACAAAAAUCAGAAAAGGAAGCCGGAAGUCUCUUUGGAAUAUUUAAAAAGAAAGAGGGAUCUCUUGAAAGAGAAAGUAAACUUGAACCUGGUGACAAAAGUGGAAAACCAAUUUUAUCUGAGACUGUUGUUAAAGACAUGAAAGAUAGUGACACAUUCUUGAAAGAUGAAGUAGAGAGAUACCAUGAUGUGAGACAUAUUAUCACGACAACUGUUGAACCACAAGUGGUUCAAAUAGAAACCACUACAGUGCAACAAACAACCGAAAAGUCACCAAAGAAAUCAAAACAAAAAUCAGAAAAGGAAGCCGGAAGUCUCUUUGGAAUAUUUAAAAAGAAAGAGGGAUCUCUUGAAAGAGGAAGUAAACUUGAACCUGUUGACAAAGAUGGAAAACCAAUUUUAUCUGAGACUGUUGUUAACGAUAUGAAGGAUAGUGACACAUUCUUGAAAGAUGAAGUAGAGAGAUACCAUGAUGUGAGACCUAUUAAGACGAUAACUGUUGAACCACAAGUAGUUCAAAUAGAAACCACUACAGUGCAACAGACAACCGAAAAGUCACCAAAAAAAUCAAAACAAAAAUCAGAAAAAGAAGGCGGAAGUCUCUUUGGAAUAUUUAAGAAGAAAGAGGGAUCUCUUGAAAAAGGAAGUAAACUUGAACCUGUUGACAAAGAUGGAAAACAAAUUUUAUCUGAGACUGUUGUUAAAGAUAUGAAGGAUAGUGACGCAUUCUUGAAAGAUGAAGUAGAAAGAUACCAUGAUGUGAGACAUAUUAUCACAACUGCUGAACCACAAGUGGUCCAAAUAGAAACCAGUACAGUGCAACAGACAACCGAAAAGUCACCAAAGAAAUCAAAACAAAAAUCAGAAAACGAAGGUGGAAGUCUCUUUGGAAUAUUUAAAAAGAAAGAGGGAUCUCUUGAAAGAGGAAGUAAACUUGAACCUGUUGACAGAAGUGGAAAACCAAUUUUAUCUGAGACUGUUGUUAAAGAUAUGAAAGAUAGUGACACAUUCUUGAAAGAUGAAAUAGAUAGGUACCAUGAUGUGAGACCUAUUAUCACGACAACUAUUGAACCACAAGUGGUUCAAAUAGAAACCACUACAGUGGAACAGACAACCGAAAAGUCACCAAAGAAAUCUAAACAAAAAUCAGAAAAAGAAGGUGGAAGCCUCUUUGGAAUAUUUAAAAAGAAAGAGGGAUCUCUUGAAAGAGGAAGUAAACUUGAACCUGUUGACAAAGAUGGAAAACUAAUUUUAUCUGAGAUUGUUGUUAAAAAUAUGAAAGAUAGCGACACAUUCUUGAAAGAUGAAAUAGAGAGAUACCAUGAUGUGAGACCUAUUAUAACGACAACUGUUGAACCUCAAGUAGUUCAAAUAGAAACUACUACAGUGCAACAAACAAACGAAAAGUCACCGAAGAAAUCAAAACAAAAAUCAGAAAAGGAAGGUGGAAGUCUCUUUGGAAUAUUUAAAAAGAAGGAAGGAUCUCUUGAAAGAGGAAGUAAACUUAAACCUGUUGACAGAGCUGGAAAACCAAUUUUAUCUGAGACUGUUGUUAAAGAUAUGAAAGAUAGUGACACAUUCUUGAAAGAUGAAGUAGAUAGGUACCAUGAUGUGAGACCUAUUAUCACGACAACUAUUGAACCUCAAGUGGUUCAAAUAGACACCACUACAGUGCAACAGACAACCGAAAAUGCACCAAAGAAAUCAAAACAAAAAUCAGAAAAAGAAGGUGGAAGUCUCUUUGGAAUAUUUAAAAAGAAAGAGGGAUCUCUUGAAAGAGGAAGUAAACUUGAAGCUGUUGACAAAGCUGGAAAACCAAUUUUAUCUGAGACUGUUGUUAAAGAUAUGAAAGAUAGUGACACAUUCUUGAAAGAUGAAGUAGAUAGAUACCAUGAUGUGAGACCUAUUAUCACGACAACUGUUGAACCACAAGUGGUUCAAAUAGAAACCACUACAGUGCAACAAACAACUGAAAAGCCAUCUAAGAAAACAAAACAAAAAUCAGAAAAAGAAGGUGGAACUCUAUUUGGAAUGUUUAAAAAGAAGGAAGGAUCUCUUGAAAGAGGAAGUAAACUUGAACCUGUUGACAAAGCUGGAAAACCAAUUUUAUCUGAGACUGUUGUUAAAGAUAUGGAGGAUAGUAACACAUUUUUGAAAGAUGAAAUAGAAAAAUACCAUGAUGUGAGAUCUGUCAUUACGACAACUGUUGAACCACAAGUGGUUCAAGUAGACACUUCUACAGUGCAACAGACAACCGAAAAGCUAUCUAAGAAAACAAAACAAAAAUCAGAAAAGCAAGGUGGAGGUCUUUUUGGAAUAUUUAAAAAGAAAGAUGGAUCGCUUGAAAGAGAAAGCAAACUUGAAACUCUUGUUAAAGGUGAAAAACCAAUUCUGUCUGAUAUUGUAGUUAAAGAUAUGGAAGAUAGUGACACGUUUUUGAAGGACGAAAUAGAAAGAUACCACGAUGUGCGACCCAUUACCACAAGGACAAUUGAACCACAAAUCGCUCAAAUAGAAACAGAAGCACAAAGAAGUAAAAGAGGUCCAAUAUUUGGUGUAGAUAAGAUAGAAAAGCCAGUCGAUACAACUGCUUCCACUCUGGCAGCAGUAGCAAUACAAGAAAUGACUGACAGAGAUAGAUUCCUUCAAGAAGAAGUUAAAAAAGACGAUAAUGUUAAACCGAUUAUUUCCCAAAAAGUUAAAGAACUAUCUGUUACAUCCCAAACUGCGACAAUUGCUGAAACGCCUGUUGAAAUACAGUCAUUAGAAAUAUCGCCCAAGAAAUCCAAAGAAAAAGGAGUUUUAAACAUAUUAAAGAAAAAAGUUUCAGUUGAAAAAACUACACCAGAAAAGAAAAUAGUAGCCGAAAUAGUUGGAAAAGACUCUACUGACCAUGCAAAACCAGAUGAAAAAUAUUCUAAAAUACUCGAAGUGCUCGAAAAAGCUGAACAACAAACACAAGAACCAGAUUUUGUAAAACAUAUAACAUUGGAACCAGAAAGAAAAAUUGUUACCAUUGAACGAGAAGUUACCAUAGAAGUUUUUGAUUUGCCAGCUAAACCAGCAGUAGAACAGCGUUCAAUAGUUGAUUCCAAUAAUUUCCUUAACAACGAAAUAGAAAAAUACCACGACGUACGACCGAUUAUUUCCAAAAUUGAAGUUGCACCCUCCGAAAUCAAAGAAACGUCAGCAGUUCUUGAAAAACCAAAAGAUCAAGUGGACAAAGAAGAAAAAAGUAAAUCUAAAAAGAAAGAAGGCAAAAGCGAAUCGGGUGGUAUAUUUGGUAUGUUUAAAAAGAAACCAAAAGAAACUGGAGCACAACCAGUAUCAGAAGAAAUAACUGACCAGAUUCAGCAGACAAGUACCUUCCUACAAGAAGAAGUCAACAAGCAUCAUGACGUUCGUCCUUUGGUUGAAGAAAACAUUGUUACAACCCAACCUGUUAUAAACGAAUCUAUUGUUGUCACUACGGAAGAAAACUUAGGUAGUCCGAAUGUCACCACUAAAACUGAAACAACCAAGGAAAAGUUUGUUACUACGUCAAAAGACCAUACUGACACUAUAAAAAAGGAAACUAAAACAGAAACUACUAAGAAGAUUAUUACAACACAAACAACGUCUACUACUCAGAGUGUAACAAAAACAACUUCUGCUACCAUAGAAUCAGAUAUAGCUGCUGCAACACCUGUGGUAAUUGAAUCAACCUUGCAACCUAUUGACGGCUCCAAAGGAUUUUUAAAGACGGAAGUUGAAAAAUAUCAUGACGUGAAACCAAUCAUUAAGUCUUCUGAUCAACUACAAGAGGAGUUGGUUAAGUCUUCUGAACCAAUACUCCAAGAAGCUGUUGAUGUCAAAGUAGAAUCAACUCCGAAAAAACAGAAGAAAGAUGGUGGACUUCUGGGAAUAUUUAAGAAAAAACCUCACGAAGACAAAACAAGCACAAGUCCUCCUCGUUUGUCUGAAAUUGUUAUUCAACAAAUGAGAGAUAGUGAUAACUUUUUAAGAGACGAAAUAGAUCGGUUCCAUGAUGUUCGUCCAAUAGUAUCUGAAACUGAUAUAGAACCUGCAGAACAUAAGGAUAUUCAAUCAGCACAGAAGAGUACAAAGAAAGAAACUGACGCACAUAAGGGUGGCCUUUUUGGUUUAUUUAAAAAGAGAGAAGGUUCCACUGAGAGAGAUAGAGAUAGUAAAGUUAAAUCGGGAGAAUUUAGUGAACCUACGUCAGCUAAGAAAAAGACAGGAUCUUUAGAAAAAGAACGCAAAGAAAAAGUUAGUCCUAUUUUUGGUAUUAAACAUCAAAAACCUGUUAUUUCAGAAACUGGCCUUAAAGAUAUGCAUGAAAGUGACACGUUCUUAAAAACGGAAGUUGAUAAAUACCAUGACGUUAAACCAAUCGUUGGACAAGAUCUAAUCGUUACUGAAACAACUGAAAUAAAAACUCCUAAGACAACUAAAGUCGAAGAAACUCCUGUAACCAAACCUGUAACAUUAACUUCAGUAACUUUACCUGACACUUCACUUAGUACAAAAGAAAGAAUAAUACGCGAAGAAGUACAUAAAACUAGUCAUUCCACUAAGAUUAAGGAUGAAAAAUUGUUUGAGAAUUUAAAAGAUGAGAGUCCAAAGAGAACUGUUACCACUACAAUUACCAAAGAAGAAAUUCCUCAUGGAGAAAGAGUAACCAAAGUAAAAACAGAAGUUAUAACAGGUACAAUUCAGUUAGAUCAAGGUAUCCUAGCUGAUGUAGAUAAACUAGAAAAAGAAAUAAAUUCUGAGGUUGAAAGACUCCGAACCCAAACCAGUGCUUCUGAGGAUAGGAAAGAUGAGUUCACAAAAACAGUAGACGUUGUUGAAACAUUUAAACCUAAGGAAACUACCCUAGUGCAAGAAGUCGUCGUUUCUUUGGAAGGAAGUAAACCACAACUAUCAGACACAGUUAUUAAAGAUGUUCAUGACACCAACACGUUUCUCGAAACUGAGGUGGACAAAUAUCAUGAUGUACGACCAGUAUUACGUCCAAAAGAAGAUGUUUCUGUUCCUGCUGAACCAAAAGAACCUUCCGAAGAAAAAACUAAAAAGAAAAGAGAAAAGGAUAAGGAUGGUAAAAGCGGAUUAUUUGGUAUCUUUAAAAAGAAGGGAGAUUCUUUAGAGAGAGGAUCUAAACUUGAAACUGUUGAUAAAAAUGGAAGACCUAUUUUGUCACCCACUGUUGUGAAAUAUAUGUCUGACAGCAAUUCGUUCUUAAUGAAUGAAGUAGAACAAUUCCAUGAUGUUCGUCCUCUUGUUAAAGUACCAGUGCAAGAAGAACACGUUAAAGUUGAUGUAAAAUCUGUUCCAGUAGAGCAAAAACCUGAAAAAUUAGGUAAAAAAUCCAAGUCAAAACCAGAAAAAGAAGGCAGCAGUAUUUUUGGGAUGUUUAAAAAGAAAGAUGGAUCUCUUGAAAGAGGAAGUAAACUUGAACCUGUUGACAAAAGUGGAAAACCAAUUUUAUCUGAGACUGUUGUUAAAGAUAUGAAAGAUAGUGACACAUUCUUGAAAGAUAAAGUAGAGAGAUACCAUGAUGUGAGACCUAUUAUAACGACAACUGUUGAACCACAAGUGGUUCAAAUAGAAACUACUACAGUGCAACAGACAACCCAAAAGUCACCAAAGAAAUCAAAACAAAAAUUAGAAAAGGAAGGUGGAAGUCUCUUUGGGGUAUUUAAAAAGAAAUCAGAAUCUACAGAAAAAGAUGUCAAGGAUAAAUCCAAAGAACUUACAGAAGAGAUUAAAGAUAUCAAAAUGGAAGCUGGACCAUUGCACUCCAUUGCAUUAUCCGAACCAACUAUUCAAAAUAUUAAUGACAGUAAUAAUUUCCUUGAAUUAGAAAUUGAAAAAUAUCAUGAUGUUAGACCAAUAAUAAAGACACCCAUAAGCGAAUCGAUAUUGGUUUCCAAACCUGAACCUACAAAAACAUUAGAAAGAACAGAUUUAAUCGAUAAAAAACAUAUAAAAGAAAUUGAAAAGAAACCUACAGAAGAAUCUAAAAAGCAAACCGACAAAGAUGCAGAUACGACUAAAGGUGGUGUCUUCAGCAUUUUCAAAAAGAAGACAAGUUCUUUGGAACGAGGUCAAAAAGGUUUACCAACGGAAAAGUCUGAAAAAGUUAGUCCAAUAUUUGGAAUCAAAAAAGAAAAGCAGCCAUUAUCGGAAAAGACCAUUGAAGAUAUGACCAAUAGUAACACCUUCCUACAAACAGAAAUUGACAAGUUCCAUGAUGUAAGAGUGACGACACAAAAAACUGAAGAAACACCUGAACAAAGUACACCAGACGAUAAAAAGGUUGAUAUGAAAAUUUCUACAAAAGAUCAUGGAAAAAAAGGUGGCUUAUUCGGUAUAUUUAAGACCAAGACUAGCUCUGUUGAUAAGGACGUUCCAGAAAUAUCUAAAGAAAUACAUGCAGAAACUACAAAAGUGAUUGAAGAAGCUGAUUCAGCUUUAAAGACCUUGUUACCACAUGAAAGCCAUACGUUCCUAGCAACUGAAAUUGAGAAAUAUCAUGAUGUUAAACCUCUCGUUCAAAAAGAUUCAACAGCAGUUACAAUAUUAGCACCUGUACCAAAGCUUACUAUCGAAACAGACAAAACUGAACAUAUUAAAGAAACAAUAUUAACCCAAACUAGUGACAAAUUAGUCGAAAGUCCCAAAAGAUCGGUUAUUACAACAAUUAGUAAAGAAGAAAUUCCUCAUGGUGAAAGAGUUACCAAAAUAAAAACAGAGAUAUCAACUGACCUUCCAAAAGAUAUUGACACCAAGAUAGUAAAGGAAACUCAAGAAGUAUAUCAGAAAGCAACAGUGGUGGAUAUGCCUGCUGUAAAUAUGGACAUAGCUAUUCCAAAAGAAGUCUCCAAACUUUCAGAAUCAGUCACAGAGAAUAUUGAUCAUAGCAACAAAUUCCUGGACACAGAAAUCAAUAAAUAUCAUGAUGUGCGACCUGUAAUAACGACUGCAGAAACGACAAUGGUUGCAGUUACUACCAAGCCAGAAGAAUCUAUCAAAUCUGAAGAUAAGUCUAAGAAAAAAGAUAAAGACAAGGACGGAAAAGGUGGAUUUUUUGGUAUAUUUAAGAAAAAGGGAGGAUCAUUAGAAAGAGGUGUCAAACUAGAACCCGUUGGUAAAGAAGAUAAACCUACUCUCUCAGAUACAGUUGUGAAAGAUAUGCUUGAUAGCAGUUCGUUCUUAAAAGAUGAAAUAGACAGAUAUCAUGAUGUGAGACCCAUUGUUACACAACCAGUUGAAGAAGAGCACGUUAAAGUUGAUGUCAGAGCCACUCCUGAAGAAAAGAAGCCAGAAAAGGUGCCUAGAAAAUCAAAAGUAAAAGGAGACAAAGAAGGCGGUGGUAUUUUCGGUAUCUUUAAAAAGAAAUCAGAAUCUAUCGAAACAGAUUUUAGAGAUGAAACUGAAGCAAUUAAGCAAGAUUUGAAGAAAUCUGAUGAAAUCGUUAAAACUAAAGUAACAACUACUAUUCAAAGAGUGUCUCCCGAAGAAACUAAAUCAACGUUGUCGGAAACAAAACUUAAAGAAAUAGAUGACAGUAGCAAUUUCUUAAAUUUGGAAAUUGAAAAGUAUCAUGAUGUUAAACUUCUUCCUCAAAAAGACUCAUCAAAAACAAUAACAAUAAUAUCAGCACCUUUACUAGAACAAAAGGUAAUAACAGAAAAAGAUCAAAGUCAAACUAUUAAAGAACAAAUAUCAACAGGUACUACUGACAAAUUACUUGAAAGUCUUAAAGAUGAAAGUCCCAAAAGAACAGUAACUACAACAAUAACUAAAGAAGAAAUACCUCAUGGUGAAAGAGUUACCAAAGUAACAUCAGAGGUAAUAACUGGAACAAUACAACUUACUUCGGACACCUUAACAGAUGUAGACAAAUUAGAGAAAGAAAUUAAUGAAAAGCUAAAUGAUUUGAGAAAAGAAACUUAUCCUUCAAAAGACAUCAGCACCGAAAUAGUACAGCAACCUCAAGAAGUAUAUCAGAAAGUAACAGAGGUAGAUGUGCCUGCUGUAAAGAUGGAUAUAGCUAUGCCAAAAGAAGUGUCCAAACUUUCAGAAUCAGUCAUUGAGAACAUUGACAGUAGCAACAAAUUCCUGGACACAGAAAUCAAUAAAUAUCAUGACGUGCGACCUACAAUAACGACAGAGAAACAGGAAGUUGUUACAGUUACUACCCAGCCAGAAGAAUCUAUCAAAUCUGAAGAUAAGUCUAAGAAAAAAGAUAAAGAUAAGGACGGAAAAGGUGGAUUUUUCGGUAUAUUUAAGAAAAAGGGGGGAUCAUUAGAAAGAGGUGUCAAACUAGAACCUGUUGGUAAAGAAAAUAAACCUAUUCUCUCAGAUACAGUUGUGAAAGAUAUGCUUGAUAGCACUUCGUUCUUAAAAGAUGAAAUAGACAGAUAUCAUGAUGUCAGGCCCAUUGUUAGACAUCCAGUUGAAGAAGAGCACGUUAAAGUUGAUGUCAGAGCCACUCCUGAAGAAAAGAAGCCAGAAAAGGUGCCUAGAAAAUCAAAAGCAAAAGGAGACAAAGAAGGCGGUGGUAUUUUCGGUAUCUUUAAAAAGAAAUCAGAAUCUAUCGAAACAGAUUUUAAAGAUGAAACUGAAGCAAUUAAGCAAGAUUUGAAGAAAUCUGAUGAAAUCGUUAAAACUAAAGUAACAACUACUAUUAAAAAAGUGUCUCCCGAAAAAACUAAAUCAACGUUGUCGGAAACAAAACUUAAAGAAAUAGAUGACAGUAGCAAUUUCUUAAAUUUGGAAAUUGAAAAGUAUCAUGAUGUUAAACUUCUUCCUCAAAAAGACUCAUCAAAAACAGCAACAGUGAUAGCAGCACCUGUGCUGAAACAAAAACUGACAAUAGACAAAGACCAAAGUCAAAUAAAAGAAAAAAUCUCAACUGAUACUAGUGACAAUUUACUUGAAAGCCUUAAAGACGAAAGUCCCAAAAGAACAGUAACUACAACGAUUACCAAAGAAGAAAUACCCCAUGGUGAAAGAGUUACCAAAGUAACAUCAGAGGUAAUAACUGGAACAAUACAACUUACUUCGGACACCUUAACAGAUGUAGACAAAUUAGAGAAAGAAAUUAAUGAAAAGCUAAAUGAUUUGAGAAAAGAAACUGAUCCUUCAAAACACAUCAGCACGGAGAUAGUACAGAAACCUCAAGUGUAUCAGAAAGUAACAGAGGUAGAUGUGCCUGCUGUAAAGAUGGAUAUAGCUAUGCCAAAAGAAGUGUCCAAACUUUCAGAAUCAGUCGUUGAGAACAGUGACAAUAGUAACAAAUUCCUGGGCACAGAAAUCAAUACAUAUCAUGACGUUCGACCUACAAUAACGACAGAGAAACAGGAAGUUGUUACAGUUACUACCAAGCCAGAAGAAUCUAUCAAAUCUGAAGAUAAGUCUAAGAAAAAAGAUAAAGAUAAGGACGGAAAAGGUGGAUUUUUCGGUAUAUUUAAGAAAAAGGGAGGAUCAUUAGAAAGAGGUGUCAAACUAGAACCUGUUGGUAAAGAAGAUAAACCUAUUCUCUCAGAUACAGUUGUAAAAGAUAUGCUUGAUAGCACUGCGUUCUUAAAAGAUGAAAUAGACAGAUAUCAUGAUGUCAGGCCCAUUAUUAGGCAUCCAGUUGAAGAAGAGCACGUUAAAGUUGAUGUCAGAGCAACUCCUGAACAAACAAAGCCAGAAAAGGUGCCAAGAAAAUCAAAAACAAAAGGAGACAAAGAAAGUGGUGGUAUUUUUGGUAUCUUUAAAAAGAAAUCAGAAUCUGUCGAAAGAGAUUUUAAAGAUGAAACUGAAUCAAUUAAGCAAGAUUUAAAAGACUCAGGUGAAAUAAUUAAAACUAAAGUAACAACUACUAUUACAAAUAUAUCUCCUGAAGAAACUAAAUCAAAGUUGUCGGAAACAACAGUUAAAGAAAUAGAUGACAGUAACAAUUUCUUAAAUUUGGAAAUUGAAAAGUAUCACGAUGUUAAACCUCUUCCUCAAAGAGACUCAUCAAAAACAGCAACAGUGAUAGCAGCACCUGUGCUGAAACAAAAACUGACAAUAGACAAAGACCAAAGUCAAAUAAAAGAAAAAAUCUCAACUGAUACUAGUGACAAUUUACUUGAAAGCCUUAAAGACGAAAGUCCCAAAAGAACAGUAACUACAACGAUUACCAAAGAAGAAAUACCCCAUGGUGAAAGAGUUACCAAAGUAACAUCAGAGGUAAUAACUGGAACAAUACAACUUACUUCGGACACCUUAACAGAUGUAGACAAAUUAGAGAAAGAAAUUAAUGAAAAGCUAAAUGAUUUGAGAAAAGAAACUGAUCCUUCAAAACACAUCAACACGGAGAUAGUACAGAAACCUCAAGUGUAUCAGAAAGUAACAGAGGUAGAUGUGCCUGCUGUACAGAUGGAUAUAGCUAUGCCAAAAGAAGUUUCCAAACUUUCAGAGUCAGUAAUUGAGAACAUUGACAGUAGCAACAAAUUCCUGGACACAGAAAUCAAUAAAUAUCAUGACGUGCGACCUACAAUAACGACAGAGAAACAGGAAGUUGUUACAGUUACUACCAAGCCAGAAGAAUCUAUCAAAUCUGAAGAUAAGUCUAAGAAAAAAGAUAAAGAUAAGGAGGGAAAAGGUGGAUUUUUCGGUAUAUUUAAGAAAAAGGGAGGAUCAUUAGAACGAGGUGUCAAACUAGAACCUGUUGGUAAAGAAGAUAAACCUAUUCUCUCAGAUACAGUUGUGAAAGAUAUGCUUGAUAGCACUUCGUUCUUAAAAGAUGAAAUAGACAGAUAUCAUGACGUAAGACCCAUUAUUAUACAACCAGUUGAAGAGAAGCAUCUUAAAGUUGAUGUCAGAGCAACUCCUGAAAAACAACAGCCAGAAAAAGUGGCUAAAAAAUCAAAAACAAAAGGAGACAAAGAAAGUGGUGGUAUUUUUGGUAUCUUUAAAAGAAAAUCAGAAUCUAUCGAAAAAGACUUUAAAGAUGAAACUCAACAAAUUAAGCAAGAUUUGAAAGAAUCUGGUGAAAUCGUUAAAACUAAAGUAACAACUACUAUUAAAAAAAUAUCUCCCGAAGAAACCAAACCCAAGUUGUCGGAAACAACACUUAAAGAUAUUGAUGACAGUGGCAAUUUCUUAAAUUUGGAAAUUGAGAAGUAUCAUGAUGUUAAACCCCUUUCUCAAAGAGACUCAUCAAAAACAAUAACAGUAGUAUCAGCACCUGUAGUAGAUCAAAAACUCACAAUAGAAAAAGACCAAAGUCCAAUUAAAGAACAAAUGUCAACGGGUACCACUGACAAAUUGCUUGAAAGCCUUAAAGAUGAAAGUCCUAAAAGAUCAGUAACUACAACAAUAACUAAAGAAGAAAUACCUCAUGGUGAAAGAGUUACCACAGUAAAAUCAGAAGUAACAACUGGUACAAUACAACUUACUUCGGACGUGUUAACAGAUAUAGAAAAAUUAGAAAAAGAAAUUAAUGAAAAGCUCAAUGAUUUGGGAAAAGAAACUGAUCCUUUAAAAGAUAUUGGCCCCGAGAUAGUGAAGGAAUCUAAAGAAGAAUAUCAGAAAGUAACAGAGGUGAAUGUGCCAGCUGUAAAGAUGGAUAUAGCUAUUCCAAAAGAAAUUUCCAAACUUUCAGAAUCAGUUAUUGAGAACAUUGAUAAUAGCAACAAAUUCCUGGACACAGAAGUCAAUAAAUAUCAUGACGUUCGACCUACAAUAACGGCAGAGAAAAAGGAAGUUGUUACAGUCACUACCAAGCCAGAAGAAUCUAUCAAAUCUGAAGAUAAGUCGAAGAAAAAAGAUAAAGAUAAAGAGGGAAAAGGCGGAUUUUUCGGUAUAUUUAAGAAGAAGGGGGGAUCAUUAGAAAGAGGUGCCAAACUAGAACAUGUUGGCAAAGAAGAUAAACCUAUUCUCUCAGAUACAGUUGUGAAAGAUAUGCUUGAUAGCAGUUCGUUCUUAAAAGAUGAAAUAGACAGAUAUCAUGACGUGAGACCCAGUAUUGGACAACCAGUUGAAGAGGAGCAUAUUAAAGUUGAUGUCAGAGAAACUCCUGAAGCACAAAAUCCAGAAAAAGUGGCUAGAAAAUCAAAACCAAAAGGAGAUAAAGAAAGUGGUGGUAUUUUUGGUAUCUUUAAAAGAAAAUCAGAAUCUAUCGAAAAAGACUUUAAAGAUGAAACUCAACAAAUUAAGCAAGACUUAAAGGAAUCUGGUGAAAUCGUUAAAACUAAAGUAACAACUACUAUUAAAAAAAUAUCUCCAGAAGAAACUAAACCCAAGUUGUCGGAAACGAAACUUAAAGAAAUAGAUGAUAGUAACAAUUUCCUAAAUUUGGAAAUUGAAAAGUAUCAUGAUGUUAAACCUCUUCCUCAAAAAGAUUCAUCAAAAACAAUAACAAUAAUAUCAGCACCUUUACUAGAACAAAAGGUAAUAGAAAAAGAUCAAAGUCAAACUAUUACAGAAGAAAUAUCAACCAGUACCACUGACAAAUUACUUGAAAGCCUUAAAGAUGAAACUCCCAAAAGAACAGUAACUACAACAAUAACUAAAGAAGAAAUACCUCAUGGUGAAAGAGUUACCAAAGUAAAAUCAGAAGUAGUAACUGGUACAAUACAACUUACUUCGGAUGUCUUAACGGAUAUAGAAAAAUUAGAAAAAGAAAUUAAUGAAAAGCUACAAGAUUUGGGAAAAGAAACUGAUCCCUCAAAAGAUAUUAGUACCGAGAUAGUAAAGGAAUCUCAACAAGAAUAUCAGAAAGUAACAGAAGUAGAUAUGCCUGCUGUAAAGAUGGAUAUAGCUAUUCCCAAAGAAGCUUCCAAACUUUCAGAAUCAGUCAUUGAGAACAUUGAUAAAAGCAACAAAUUCCUGGACACCGAAAUCGAUAAAUACCACGAUGUUCGACCUAUUAUAAUGACAGUGAAAAAGGAAGUUGUUACAGUCACUGCCAAGCCAGAAGAAUCUAUAAAGCCUGAAGAAAACUCAAAGAAAAAAGAUAAAGAUAAGGACGGAAAGGGUGGCUUUUUUGGUUUAUUUAAGAAGAAGGGAGGAUCACUAGAAAGAGGAACCAAACUAGAUCCCGUUGGUAAAGAAGAUAAACCUAUUCUAUCAGACACAGUUGUGAAAGACAUGCUUGAUAGUAAUUCGUUCUUAAAAGAUGAAAUAGACCGAUAUCAUGACGUGAGGCCCAUUAUUAGACAACCAGUCAAAGAUGAACAUAUUAAAGUUGAUGUCAGAGCAGCUCCUGACGAACAAAAGCCAGAAAAAUUGCCUAGAAAAUCUAAAACAAAGGGAGAAAAGGAAAGUGUUACCAUCUUUAAGAAAAAAGCAGAUUCUUUAGAAAGCGAAGUGAAAGUUUUACAAAAAGAAAAGUCUGAAAAAGUAAGCCCAAUAUUUGGUAUUAAAAAGAAACAGCCUAAGUUAUCAGAAGAAACAAUUCAGAACAUAACGCAGAGUAACAACUUCUUGCAAACUGAGGUAGAUAAAUAUCAUGACGUCAGACCAAUAGAUGACAACGUAAAAGCUAUCAAGGAGAUUGUCGAUAACGUAGAAGAGACUAAAGUGAAAUUUAAAGAACCUAUCUCCAUAGAUAUUCCUUCUCCUAAAACAGAAAUUGCAAUCACCGAACGAGCUCCUGAAGCUAAACUGAUUACAACAACUCACGUUACACACGAAAUCUUCACCACUGAACUACCUUCAGGUGCAGAACCAACUAUCGAUAGCGAUAAAAUCUUGAAACCAGAAAUCGAUACUUUCCAUGAUGUUGCACAAACUCUUUCUACAACGACUGACGAGAAAUAUGUAAAAGAAACCAAGACUAAAGAAGGCAAAGGCCUGUUUGGAAUCUUUAAGAAAAAGGAAUCUGAAGAAAAAGAGAUUAAACAAAAAACAGACACCAUUAAAAAAUUACCUACAAAGGAAGAAAAAUCUAUCAAAAAAGAACGUGAAGUUCAAAAACCAAUAUCUGUAGACGUUACUAAGUCUAUGAAUGAUUCAGACAAUUUCCUCAGAAGUGAAAUUGAAAAGUACCAUGAUGUUCGUCCAUUGGAACGAGUACCAAGUGCACCACCAGCAACAGAAAUCGAGCCAGUUAUGAAAACAACCUCCGAUCCAGAAGUUAAAGCGAGUCCUUCAAAAAUCAGCAAACCAGAAGGUGAAGGCAAUAAACAAAUUAUUAUUACAGAAAAACAUUUUAUCAAAGAAGGUGGUUAUUUGAACGAAGUAUUCGUGAAAGAAACAACAGAAAAGAGAGUCUAUACAACUGACAUGAGGACAGUAGAAGCUGAGGAAUUAAAAAAACACGAGACUUCUAACUUUUUGAAUACUGAAUUGGACAAAUACGAAGACAGCACACCAAAAAAAUCUGAUACUACACAACCAGAAAAAGCCAGUCAAGAAUUAGAAGAUUUGGUUUCUUCUGAUGACUUUUUAGGGGAUGAAAUAAACAAUUAUCAUGACGUAAAACUUAUUGAAAGACAAGAUGAACCUUUAGUAAAAGAAAAGGAAAAGAGUAAACGAUUUGGAGGACUGUUUUCCAAAAAGAAGUCUUCUGACAAAGAACAGGACGGUAAACCUAAGAAGGACCUGACAGCUAAACCUGAAAGCAAAGAUUUCUCUAAGAUAGAAACCGACCGCUUGCAGGAUAGUAAAAAAUCAAAAGAAGAGAGUGGUAGUUUCUUUGGUCUGUUUUCAAAGAAAACCAAACCUCAAGAAAAAGACAAAAGCAUUGAAGAAGAAAUUCCGCACAAGCUGUCUACCGAAGUCCUUCAAAACAUGAAACAAAGUUCUGACUUCCUAGAUACAGAAGUGAAGGUUUAUCAUGAUGUACGACCAGAACUAGACAAAAGUUUUACAGAUGAUAAUUUCAAACCAGUCACACUGUCACCCAUCGAUACUUCGUUUACAUUAACUACAGAAACUACUAAACAUGAAGACCACAUUAAACAUGAAAGACACAUCAAAACAGAAGAAACCCAAAAAUCAAGUCAGUACACCACAGAUGAAGCAUUUGCAGAAACUUUAGCAGAUGAAAGUCCAAAAAGAACGAUCACUACUACAGUUACCAAACAAGAAAUACCACACGGAGAAAGAACAACGAAAGUAAAGACGGAAGUGCUAACAGGCACAAUUCAGUUAUCUCCCGACGUAUUGAACGAUAUUGAAAAAUUAGAAAAAGAAAUUAACAUGAAGUUGGAAGAACUAAGAAAACAAACAGAUUCUACCGAUGACCUCAGGAAGCAACCUCCUCAUACUCCUCAUUCUGGUGGUGUGAUAAUCCCAGAAGUUUCAACGGAAGUUACAUCUUACACACUCGAAAAACCAAUGGUCAAAACAGAGCUUACCAGUAGUCAAGAAUUGUUUGGUAAAAAACUUCCUUCUGAACUUCCUGAUUCUCCUCUUCCGGGUAAAAUUUCAGAGUUGUCAUUCGAUCAACCGCCACCAAGAGACGGAAAACUGUCCAGUGAAACGCUCAAACAUAUGCAAGAUAGCCACAGCUUUCUAGUGACUGAACUAGAAAAUUAUGACGAUGGAAAGUUAGAAAUUGUUACUGAUCUUGAUGAAGACCCCAAAGUUAAGUCUUCAGGAUUGUUUGGAAUAUUUAGUAAAAAAGAUAAAUCUGAAAGCCCUAAAAUAGCAAAAAGGAAAUUAAAAAAGCCAAAAGAGAAGUCUGUAGAAGAAGAAAAAGUUGGAUUUUUAGAUAAAUUAGGUCGAAAACUAACGGGUGCCAAAUACGACGUUGAGGAAGCUGCGAAGAGUAUGAAUGAAUCUGGUACUGAAAUUUUGAGAAAAACAGAUGAUACAUUAGACUCUACAGCCGCUGCCGUCUCUACAACAAUCGAUACUGUAGAAACCAAAGUAGAAAAAGAAUUUAAAAAGGACAAAGAAUUAGUAAAACAAAAACAUGAAGCUGUAUCUGAACAAGUAAGAGAUACAGUUGACAGUUUAUCAAAAGAAACUAACAAAAUACAACAAACUGUUACAACUAAAAUUCAAGAAACAGAUCAGAAAAUAGCAGACACUAAACAACAUGCCAAAGAAGUCGUUAGUGAUGCAGAAAGAAAACUUAAAGAAGAAGACAAAGUAAUUAAGCAAGAAGUUUCAACAACGGUAAAACAAGCAGAAAGUAAAAUUGGUGAAGUGAUACAAGAAGGAAAAGACUCAGCAGAAAAAUUAAGUAAAAAGACAACAGGUUUUUUUAGUAAAAUGGCCGGAAAAAGUGAAGAAGAUAAAAAAGUAGAAAAGGAGAAAAAAGACAAAAAGGGUAAAAGAUCUCCAGGUUUCUUAUCGAAAUUGGGUGGUAAAAGCAAAGAGGUAUCAUUCGAGCAGCCAGAAGCUACAAUUAUAACCGAAAAACCUAUUCCAGCUCAACCAGAAAUAACCAUAAAAGUUGAUGACGUCUCAAAAACACAAAGUUUAAUUGAAUCAGAAUCAGAAACAUUUUCCCAUGAUUUAAUGAAGAGCUUUGAUGAAAAAUUAGAGCAUGUUAAAGAGAAACAUGAUGAUAUUGAAAAGAAGGCAAAAGAUGAAAUGAAAGAAUUUGAAACAAGAACUGAAAAUAUUAAGCGAGGCGUAUCAGAUAUUGCACACAAACAAACUGUGACAAUAACUAGCACAGAAAAACAGUUAAGAGAAAAAUCUGAUACUUUUGAAAAGAAAAUCGACGAAAAGUUCAGCGAAACCAUGAAACUGUCUGAAGAACUAUCAAAGAAACCUAAAGAAAUUAGUAAAAAGGUAACAACAGUUUCCGAAAAAAUAAUUGAAACUCAGCGGAAGCAAAUAGAAGCUGAUGUGAGUCUUCUCGAGGACGAUAUAGACAAACAGACUAGAGAAGCUAAGGAAAAACUUAGCGACGAUAUAAUCUAUGUCCAAAAGGCAAUCAAAAUAGAAAAAAGCAAACUUGGUGAUAUGCCGAAAGACUUUGGCAAAAAAGUUGAAAAGAAAGUUGAAGGUGUUGAAGUAGGAAUAGCUUCAACUGUUCAAAACGUAGAAGAUGCUGCAAAAACGUCUAAACCUGUACCAGAAUCUCCAAAAGAAAUUAUAAAACAAAUUGAUGACUCAGUUGUUAUCAUUAAGAAAGGUUUAGAUCAGUUAGAAAAGACAGAAACUGGUGUUAGGGAAGAAACCACUAAAAUAAAAGAAGUAACAGAACCAGUUUUUUCUAGCAUAGAAGCCACUAUAGAGCAAGCAAAAGACACCAUAAACGCAAGUAAAGAUUUUCCUGAUAAACUAGGAAGUGACUUAGCAGGUGCAAAGGAAGAAACUGGCAGGAAAUAUGACAUAGGAUCUUUCCAUCAACUAUCCGAUAUUCAACAAAAGACUCUGAACUUUUUGGACUCUGAAAGUCAAAGACAGGAUGAUUCUAGAAUGAGUCGAGCAGUUUCGGAUUAUGGUACGACGUUAAAAGCAGGUGCAGAGGAAGGCUCUAGGAAAAUUUCUGAAGCUAACAUCGAUUUAUCAAAUUUAUCAAGCGAAAGUGAAGAAUUAAUAAAAAAUGAAAAAACGAGGUCAUAUGUGACGUCGCCAACUUUGACCAGAAGAACGUUGUCGGCGAAAAUAACUAAAGGAGGAAGACCGCAAGUAGUAGAAAUCACUUACGAUUCUUCUUUAGACAGUAGUUCUAGUAGUAGUUCUUAUAUAGUAACUGAGCCAGAUGACGUAAGACAAAAGAAAACUCUUUUCCACAUAGAGUCUGAAGAGGGUGAUUUGAGCUCUAAGACAGAUAGAGAAAGAAGAGAUAGUAGUAGUUCUAACGUAUUAGAGACUUUAACAGAAAGUAGAAUAGAAAGCUUACUGAGCGAUUUAACUAAAGACUUAGAUGAUUCGACAAAACCUAUACAGAUCGUGUUGAAAAAAGAAGAACAACGACUAGAAGAGCACAAGAAGGAAUCCCAAGCCGAGGUAGAUAUAAUAGAAAAGAAAUUGCGUGACUUAGACAGAGCUUUAGAUUCAUUAGAACAAGUAGAAAUAGUAGAACAAACAGAGGAACGAGGGGAUGCACGUGUAGAGAAAAAACUUCGAAGGGUAGAACGCAAAUUCGAAAGAAUGGCAUCAGAAGUCCUCGAAACAGAAUCGAAAGAAGGCAAAAAAGUGCAAUUGACCAGCCCGGAGAUCGAAGGUAAACGAGAGAGUGCCUACCAAACCUUGGUAUCGCAGCUUAGCACAGAAGAGAUCAGUGACUUCCAAAAAGAGUACAGCCACUUAUGGGACGAACACACGUUCUCGAAGAGCAGUGAUCGAGAAUCAAAAACUCCUGACAGCCAAGCGGAUGCGCAAGAACUUCCACAAGGUGAAAUAGUUUAUAUGGGCCCAGUCACUUUAAACAAAGAUCAUACGAUAAACAAAGCCGGUAUAGAAGUAGACGUGAUCCCUAUCAUGCGUAGUCCCUGCCCAUCCCCGAAACCCAGAAGGAAAAAAACCAAAACGACCAGAAGAUCUAGAUCCGCCUUGGGAUACUACAGAAGCGAUAAAGUACGAGAAGACGAAAGAGGUAGCUUGCCCAACCUAAAAUGUUCGUCAGUUAAGGGUUCCCUCCUCGAUAUCGUGAUGGAGAUGGAUCCUAAGACAUUCUUAAGUACUCAGUCAUUGAUAAGUGGUGAAGCUAGGUCUUUGGGCAGUACAGAUUAUAUCCCUAAAGGAACUAUAAUGAAGGCAGUAGUAAACUGGUUAGAAAAAUCAAGUCCGUUUAGUUCUAUGGAUAAUAUCGAUAAAAGAAGCGUGACAAGUAUUCCCGAUAUGAUGGACACUAGUGUUUCUUUAUUUGAAGAUGACUUAGAAUCGACCGACGAAAGAUCUGUCUCUAGGUCCGAAUGUGUAGUACCAGAUAUUAACGUUCAGUUUGAAAAUGAAGAACAAGAAAUCAGCUGCGAUCCACUAACCGAAGCAGCUUCCCUACUAACACCGACCGAAACUAACCAAUUACCACAACCUAAGCCACGAUCUGCGACUAAACCAACGGACAUUCCUCUCGAAAUCGCCCAACCAACAGAAGACGAUCUCAAACCAGAAAAACCAAUAUCUCCAGUUCGGGAUGACCUUCUAGACCGAGAUGACGUUCUGGAGAGCUAUUCCGACAGAAAGAAGUUCUGGGAAACAGUCACCCAAGACAAAAAAAUUAGUCCACAAGAAAGCUCAGUACUCGAAAAAACUGUCGUGACUAAAAAACGAGUAUCGAUCCAUGAAUUUGGAACACCACCUGUUCCUAAACCACGUACCGUCCUUCAAAGCUCGAAGAGUUUAAUGGAGUCUGAUGUAGACGUUACUCCAGAGCAAUUACUUGAAACAGCAAAAGACGUGGAUGAAUACCAAACAGUUUCUGUUAAAGAUAGAGCAAUUUCGUUUGAAUCGUCAACAAGCGAAAGCAGUGGCCAAGUUCAAACUGAUCUCACCAAAAUCUCAGAAAGCGAUACAUCUUUCCAAGAAGAAAGAAUAAUGACUGAGUACCAAGCAUCAUUCCAAGCGCCGUCCGAAAGAAAAAUAAGCUUCAAAGCAAUCGAACCAAUUAAAACAGACUUGCAAAAAACUGACAGCAUAGACUCAGACAAAGCCCAGAAAGGCAGCAGUCUAAUAGACAACACCGGAUAUAUUUCUGACAGCGAAGACGUCGAACAGUAUAUAUCUGACUCAGAAAUAGAAGAUAGAGUACCUCAAAUUCGAGAUAGACUAAUGAGCGUAUUUGUCCCGUCAGUAUCAUCCACCCGAAAAUCUUUAUACGAACGAUCAGCAUCACUACCCACAGAAGAUUUAUACGAAGUAUCAGCAAGAGCUAUUAAAGCUCGAAAAGAAUACUACGAAGAACAAAUCAGAAAAGAGAUGAUAGAAGAACAACUUACUAGCGAAAUAGAAGAAGAACCGUCUCCAGAACGUAAGAAUUUAUUAAGUUCUAUGGAUGAAGAGCACACUGAUGCAGACGCUAGAUCUAUUGGAGAAGACGUUGAAGAAAUUAUUGAAGAACCUACGAAAACUGUUAGUAAAUUAGCUCAAAUGUUUGAAUCGUCUACAUCUUUAGAAAAAGCUGUAGAAGAAAAAACUACUGUAAUAAAAAGUACAAAAGAAACAUUGGAAGAAAAGCAGCUCAUAAGAGAUACCGAUGAACAAGAAGAGCCUGUCAAAAUGUCUGUGAAAGAUCUAGCUAAAGGCUAUGAAAAACAAUUAGGUAAUGUUAUAGCAGGCCAAAAAGUAGACUACAUAAGAGAAGUAGAAUCAGACACUAGAAAAUUUGAAGAAAAAGAAACGAGUCCUCAUGAUAUUGUAGAUUUCAUCGAAAUUACUGACCCAACAUUGAGAGAAACGCACAAACAACCCAUAGUUGAUGAUCAGCUGUCAUUAUCAUCCUCACCACAAACUAAAACGCACAAAGAUAAUGAAACUGAUUAUCAGCACCCUAUCACAUUUGAAACUCAACAAAGUGUCUCCUCCGACAAAAGCACCGAUGUAUUAGAAAGUAGUCAUUCUACAAAAAUCGAUUCUAUGGAAGUCCUAGUAGAUAAAAGCGAAAUAGAAGACACAGAGAAGAUCUCAGAUCUAGAUCAAGAUUUAGAAGGCAAAUCGUUUGAUUCACUUGACCAAGAAUAUUCACCUAAACAGAUUUUAGAAGACGACAGCAUUCCUGAAAUAACAGUUACUUUAUCAGGAAAGCAGAGAAGAAUAAGCGAGGAAAGCGACGAAUACGAACCAAAACCUGAACUUGUUGAAACUUGUAGCCCCAUUAAAGAAAAGCCUGAAGCUGAAUCACCUAUAAAAGUACCACAAGAAAGUAUCCAGGAUACUGUGUGGGAAGUUUCAGUUGAAUCACAUACAGGAGAAUUCACAGAAAGUGUUAAACAAUUAUCAGAAAAAUCUCCUGUUAAAGCUACAGAAACAUUUAUAGAAGAAGAAAAAGACAAAGUUCGUGAACUAACUUAUCAACUCCACAGAAAGGAGUCCGAUGAAAAGUCUGAUGAUUUGUCAGCUGAUAUUACUCAAAAAUUUAUUUUAGAGGAAAUGAAAAUGGCCGAGAAAAUAGCUAAAGGCGAAGAUGAUGAUUUGAGAGAAAUCGAACUAGAAAAGCAACACGAUGUAGAAGAAUCAUCAGAAGUUUUUACAGAAAUGCUAGAUCAACAACAAGAAAUCUCUGAAUUGCUUGAAGCCAAAUUACAACGACAAAAAACGACCACACCUCCUGAUGAAUACUUUCCUGAAGAUAAAGACAGCGUAAAGCUGUCUGCGGAUAAAGACGAUUUUAGUAGUAGUGCCAAAGAUGAGUCAGAAAUAGGCUCUGAGACUCAGCAAGAUCACUCUGAUUCUUACGAAUCCGAUAAAAUAAAAUCUGAAGCCCAAACUGACAUUGAAAAGAUUAUUUUGGAUAGCUUAUAUCAGCAAAAAGUUCAUCCUGAUGAAGCAAAGAAGAUAGCAACUGCUCUAGUAGAAGAAAUCGAAGCGGAAAUGCAAAGACGAGAUUCUUCACCUCAAGAAUAUGUCCAGAAAAGCAUUCAGUCAUCAGAGAAGGGUCAAGUAGCUGAUUUUCUGAAACACCUCGCCGAAACUAAGGGUCUAGAUGAUAGAGAAAUAGAACUAGUAGAGUCAGUCUUAGCAAGACGACAGAGAGGACUAGCUAAAUUAACACGAGGUGAUACUUCUACUAGUAUGGAAAUCACCGAUGAAGAUCUUAAAUACAGUGGAGCUGAAACUGAUUACUCGCACAUACUAGAACAACAAAUGGAUCAACUAGAAGCUGAGAAGGUCAACGUAGUUGAUUUUGAUUUGGAAGAUCAAAGCAAACGCUUGCAUGAUAAAAUAAGCCAUGUUGAGAAGAUAGAUGAAGCAUACGCAGAAGGAAAACCUUCACAAGACUUCAAAAUUCACGAUGAGUCAAAAGUAAAGUCGAUCAAAGAAAAUAUUUUGAUAAAAACUAUCGAAUCAUCGGAAGACGAAAAGUUAAGUUCGACAGUAGCUGAUGUUACAGUCAGUCGUGACAAAGUCAAAACAGACAUUUUAUCAAAAGAAAAGGAGAGCGUAAAGACUCAUGUAGGAACUGAAAUAAAAGGAAGCGUUGAAGUCAAGUCUCACGAUUUCGAACAAAUAGAGCAAAAUGUAGAUAAAAUAGAUGUUCACUUGGAACAUGAAGCUCAAAUAUUGACUAAAACAGAAAUUUUAUCUGCUGAAAAAAUACAAAUUGAAUCUGAAAUAUCUGAAGCCACCAAAAGAGAUGCAUCAGUUAUAUCAGCUAAAUAUGAAGAAGAUUUAAAAUCUGUGGAAAAGACGGAAAAAUCUAUUAAAGAAACCUCGAUUAAAACAACUACGGAAGCUGAUGAAGUAUCACUAGAAGAAGAAACCAGCACAUCAGAGAAAUACGAAAUUAAGCAAACUGCUGAUGGUAUAGAAACAGAAUCAAGAAUUGAAAUUGACAAGACCCAUUUGGUUAAAACCAGUACUGUGACCCAAAAAGAUCUAAUACAUACAGAAGUAUCUGUCUCUAAAAUAAUUAGUAGUCCAGAAGAUCUAGAAACAUUGUUAACUAGUUCUGAAUCAGGUCAGGUCACUACAACUCACGAAACUAUAAAGAGAACUUCUAGCAGUGAAUCCAAAUCUAGCAGUGAUGUAAAAUCUCCAGUAGAUGCCAUUGUUAGUAAAAAAGAUGAAUCGGAUGGUUACAAAUCGUCACCUGUAAUAAUGAGGAAAGGAGUAUCAGCUUCCGAUACUAGUAGUAGUAGCUCAAACUUAAAACCUGAUAGAAAAUCUGGUGUUGAGUUCGAAGCCUACUCCAGCUCAGGAGAAAGUCACUAUCACAGUUUCGAAAUAGACAGUAGUAAAAGUAGACCAUGUUCUUCCGAUGUAGAAGGUCUAGUAGCUGCAGGAUCUUCGGAGUACGAAAGCGCACUUACAUCACAGGAUUAUUCUGCUAGAUCACACAUUACUUCAACAGAAUAUCAAACAGCAGUCAGCAGUAUGAGUUCUAAGGAAAGUAUGAAAAGCUUAGACAGUGAAAGCUCAGGUAACUUAGCAAGUGUUGAAGCUUCGGAACAUUCAGAAACAUUGGUACCAUCAACAAGCGAUUUAGACGAUAUAUUAGACUCUGUUGACCAACAACUUCUUGAUGAUAUAGAGCAAAGUCCAGCCUGGACGACACAUCCACCAACAAUGAGGCAGAGUACUGAAGUGAGUGAUUCAGAAAUUCUCUCUUACACUGGCGUUGGCGAAUCUGUUGAUAUUUCUGAAGAAGAAGAAAUAAAAGCUCCUGAUACUCAAUCAAAAAUGAAAAGAUCACAUGAAAUGACUUUCCAACCGGAACCUAGAGUACUGGUUCCUGACUCUCCUCAAGGUGAAGGUGAAGAAAGACUGGGAACCAGUAUUGACGAAGGUAGUUUACUGAGUGUAAGCGUUUCUAGCACAUCAAGUACUGGGGCACAAAGAACUGUUAUAGAACUUUCUAGAGCUGAUUCCGAAAGAGGAAGCUUAACUGUCUCCGGAACUUCCGAACACCUGAGUCUAGACGAUGUAGAAAAUUUUACGAAAGGGAGUAGAGAGAGUUUAAUCACAACUCCAACCUCCCAUCCAGUAGAACUAAGCACAUCUGCAACCCAAUUCCAAUCAGAUUUACCAACAGAACUUGAAAGUGGUAUAAAAGCAAUCCCCGCACAAGUAUCUUCAGAAACGCAUUCACCUAUUGAAGAAGUGGCACCGAUUAAACCAGAAGAACCUAAGAAGAAAGGACAUAGACGAAAUGAGAGCUCGUUUGUCAGUUCUAUGAUAAGCGCCUCCACUAGAGCUGAAGUUGAACGCAAGAUUCAGUCAGAUCUUGCAGAAAGUGACAAGUAUACUUCAAAAUUAAGCUUUAAAGAAACAAGCAAUGAUGAGAAAAAAGAUAUUGAUGAAAGCGAACGCGACGAAUGCUACGAAACGGAAGCAGAUCAAGGUUUCCAUAGAGAUUUGCGAGAAGGGCGUUAUUGUGAAACUGAAUCAGAUAAUGAGCAAGACAAUUUAGACAUUUCACGACCACAAUCUCAUCUGAGUAAGUCCGAUUCUGAACGCCCUACAUCUACAGGAUUCAGUGACAGUAGACCUGAUUCAGAGUUAGCAGAUUUAGUCAAAUCUUCCGAUAUUACAGAAAGCACCGAUCCUAUUGAAAGACCUGCUUCUCCAGAACCAUUCGAUGAACAUAAAGAUGAUACUCCAGAAUUCAGUUCGGAGGCACAGGCUAGCGUAGGAGAGCUAGAACAAGAAUAUUCUUCAGCUAUGUUUAGGUCACAUGAGGCACAUUUAGAAACAAGGAGAUCAAUCUCUGAUAUUUGUCCUCCAAAAGAUCAGUUAGAAAAACGAGAUUCUCAUGGAAAAUCAAGCACCACUUCCAGUGAAAAGUCCAGUUUUGAGGAAGCUGAAGCCGAAGCUGCUUUUAGUAUGGUAGCUCAUAUUUCUCCAGCUCAUAAAAUUAAACAGAUAUGUCCCAUUCUCGAGGAUGAAGAUGCUGAAAAGCAUGAAAUAGAAACUAGAGAAAGAGCUCAAAAAGAAUUAGAAGAAAGAAGAGAUAAAAUGCUCAAAGAUGCUAGCCCUGGUUUUGUUCCAGAUAUUAAAAUAACUCAACAUAUGGCUCCAUUAGUUGAUAAUAGCUUCUGUUAUCCAGAUUUAGAACUAGAAGCAAAAGAAAAACAAGAGGAAGAAGAAGAAUCGCCAGUGGGAGCGGGUACACCUCAGACACCUGCUUCAGUAUCAAGUAAGAGUUCAGAAGAGACUGAUCAAGGUAGAGAAUAUGUUUUGGACCAAACAAUUUCAACUAUUUCAGAAGAACCAGAAAGCAAAAUUAUUUCCAGAAGCGAGGGAGCUACAGCUAUUGAAACCACGACAAAAGAAGGUUCCGAAAAAGGAACUGAUUCUCCUAACAGUGAUUCAUUCGAAAUGUUGGAGAAACCAGAUUUAAUUGACGAUUUUGUAGUAAUUGAAGAAGUCGGAAAAGAAGCACACGAAUUUGAUUCUGAAGGUAAAAGCGUAAUAAUAGGAAAAACAGCUGGUAAAGAAAAACACGAUGUAGAAGUAGAACAAUAUUUGGCGCACUCAGCUCCUACUCCUUUGACAAGAAUGACCGACAUUAAAUUCUAUCCUGACGGUGGUACAUCCUCAAGCGAAGAACUAGCAUUCGACUUCGAAGAAAGUCCACCCCAAGAUCAAAGUAGUUCUAGCAAAUCAGGAACUGUUGAUUAUGGUGUAGAAUACGACAAAGAACUAGAAGCUAACAGAAAAUGGAUUGAACAACAAUUUCAAGGAGAUCAAGCAGCUAUGAGGGCAGCAGGUUACGGAUACGAGAUGGAAUUUGAACGAGGUCCUCUAGAAGAUAUAAAAGAAGAAGACAUAAACGAUUUAGCCGCCUCCAGUUAUGGCUCUCAAAGAGAUUCAGGUGGAAGUCUAAAAGAGUCUUUCUCGAGCACGCCAGAAUACGAUGUACUGGCUGGCAAAAAAUACUUUUCACGAUCUGGUGAACAUGACGAUAUCUCAAUGUCAAGUUUACAAGAGUUUGAAAAUUUAGAACAAGCAAUGUCAUUAGAAAUGCGAAAAAUGCAUCAAGGGUCGCAGGAUUCUUCAAGUAAUGGUAGCUUUAAGUCUAGAUAUUUGGCCAGUAAGAGCGGACAAGGCGACGAUAUAUCAGUAAGUUCACUAAAAGAAUUCGAAGGUCUAGAAAAGGCCUGCAUUGCUGCGCAUAAAAUUGAACUGAAAGUUAAAGAAGAAGAAGCUAUGUUGGCUCAAAUAGAGGAAGGUCAAGAAAGUAUUACGUCAGAAUCGGAGAGUUGCGAAACUAUUUCGGGUACUGAAAAGAAAGUUGUAGAUACCGACGACGAUGAAGACUACGAGAAACGCAUGUUCGAAAUUGACGAAAUUAUACGACAAGCGCAAAGUAAUGUUGAGAGAUUUAUCGAUCUUAAAGAACCUGAGAAGACCGAAUCACUGGGUCGAGGAGAUUCUAUAGAAGAAGUUUCCAGAGUACCGGAACUAGAUUUAGAUGCUCCUCUAGUUAAAUCUACCGUGAAGGUACAGUGGAAAGAAGGAGAUGACGUUAUGGUAACUUCAACAGAUUCACUUGAUUUAAAACCCGACAAGCCUAGCCAUCAUGACAGCACAGAUAGCUUAGAUCAAAAAACUGGUGGAGACGUAAUGACGGCUAGUACUGACUCUAUCGAAUUCCAAGCACAAAAGUCCGCAAAGGACAACAUUAUGACGGAUAGUAUAGAAAUUAAACCAGAGGACAAAAGUUAUAUGGUUUCCAGCGAUUCUCUUGAGUUGGCUGCUGCAACAAGCUCGGGAAACAACCUACUUAUGACAGAUUCUAUAGAUGAGGAUGGAUCAAGGAUUGGUGGUGUGGGAGAUCAUAGUAGUUCGAGUACAGGAAAAGAUUUUAGUUCAUCUGGUAAAGAGGAUGACAUUAUACAAGACAAAGAUGAUAUGACAGGAAGCAUUAGCGUGACGAGUUCUACUGCUACACACGCUACUUAUCAAUACGACACUGAUUCGGUUUAUUCCGGUAGCUUGACUAGUGGUGGUUCCAACACAAUGGUAUCCUCAACUAACUCUAUUGAUCAAGCUAGACAGUCAACUUCCGUAGAUGUGGCUGCUGCUGUACGAAAAGUCUGGUUUGAUGAAGAUCUCAGCGGUAGAAGAACUACUGAGUACGUAGAUGAUUCCAGACCUUAUGUAACGGAACUAAUUGAACCAAUUGAUGAUGAGUCAUUCUCACAUAUUGUUCAUAGACGAAUAGACUUACCACCGGAAGUAAAAAGAGUUACUUUUACCGGUACAAGUGCAGAAACCGGAGAUCAAAUGAGACAAUUCAUCCAGAAUUUCAACGAAGGAGAGCAAGUAUAUGAAACAGAAGAAGUCGAUGAAGCUGGUAACGUACACGUUAAAAGAGUUGUCCAAAAGAAGUUUAUAGUAAGAGACGACGGUUCUGACCAACCUUUAUCAGGACCAGAAAUAGAAGAGUACUUCCGAAGACUGAAUCAACCCGAAUUUAUCCAAGGUCAGGGUGUUGUCACCAGGACAACAGAAGCUAGAGGAGGAGUUAUCACGAAAACUUUCUCAGAUGGACUUGGAAGAACGACUACGCCGCAACACUACGACACGGCUUCUUCUUCUUCUUCCCAACUAACAUCACUAACAAGAACAGGUGGCGAUAGUACUUCAACCUCACCUUCCACUAGAGAUACUGCAACAACAUCUUCUUCUAGACCCGAAGGAGAAGAGGGAGCAGAAAAAGAUGAAUCUGAAUAUGACAGGUUGGUAUUGAGGUCCAGAUGUUAA